AUGCUCAUAUUAAGUGCACAAUCUUUAUAUGUGUUGCUGAUAUACAUUCAUUCUUCAUUACAGUCUCUAGUAAAUAUAGUGUUUGAUCGUGUUGGGAGAAAAGAUCCUGUGACCAAAGGCAUGGAGAUUGCCGUGCACUGGUUAGGGUUUGAUAUCGAUGUGCAGUUUUGGUCUCAGCACAUCUCCUUUUUCCUUGUUGGGUGCAUCAUCGUUACUUCCAUUCGAGGAUUUAUUCUAACUCUUACCAGGUUUUUCUAUGCAGUUUCUAGCAGUAAAUCAUCAAACAUUAUUGUGCUAGUGUUGGCUCAGCUUAUGGGUAUGUACUUCGUUUCUAUGGUGAUGCUCAUGCGAAUGAACAUGCCCCUGGAAUACAGGACAAUAAUUACACAGGUUUUGGGUGAUCUCCAGUUCCACUUCUACCACCGAUGGUUUGAUGUUAUAUUUCUAGUAUCAGCACUUACCACAAUGGGCAUUCUGUACUUGGCCCAUAAACAAGUCAAUACUUCAGACAAGACAGAAAGCUUUUAUGAACCCAAGUGGUGACAAAAAGUUCAGACUUUGUCAGCUCAACUGAAAAUUAUUGUUACGAACUUAAGUGCCCCCCCUCCCCCUGGCUGAAAUAUAGCUGUUGAUGUGUGAAGGAACUUUUACAUGACAAAACUUUAAUAUAGCCAGCAACUCUCCUAUUUAGUAUUAAUGCUCUGAAGACCAAAAUCUACUUCUUUCUAGACAAGCUAUGAAAAAAAAAAUAAUAA